AUGACGCAGCUUACGAUUCUGUACGGAACGCAGACUGGCAACGCCGAGCGGCUAGCGCUGCGCGUCGCUCGACUGGCACUUCGCGAAGGGUUUGAGUGCGUCUCGUGCCUGCCUGCCGAUGACGUGCCCAUCGCUGAGUGGCGACACACAGGCGGACCUGUUCUUCUUAUCUGCUCGAACGCGAAUCAAGGUGAUGCUCCCAACACAUUUCGCCGGUCGUGGGCGUCGCUACUACAGCCCACUGCGGCUGGUUGCAUGGAGGGCCUGCAGUACGCCAUCUUCGGCCUUGGCGACUCGCUGUACCUCAAGUUCAACCAGAUGGCCAAGAUGGUGCACAACCGUCUCCAGCAGCUGGGCGGCACACCAAUUGUGAUGCGCGGGCUGGGAGAUGAGAGCGACGCGAAAGGCAUAGAGGAAACCUUGCAGCCCUGGCUCGCGGAGCUAUGGAAGGCGCUUGAGAGGCCAGGCAAGUACGUUGCCGCCGCAGGUGUGUCAGCUUAUCCGCAGGAGGACCUUCCUUUCUUUCCUCUUUUCAGUAUUGCACCUGCCUCAACGAGCGACGAGGUCACUGUUGGCGCGCCGUCCUCUUCCACUGACGUCACUGCUGCGUCACUACCAUAUUUUGCCGACCAUGUGUUCCCCUGCGAGGUGGUGUCAAACAGGCGCCUCACAUCUGCUGCGUGCGAGCAGGUGGUUCAUCACCUGGAGCUGCGCAGGAACUCUAGCAGCACGGCCGCCUCAGCGUACGAUGUCGGCGAUGCGCUGGGCAUCUACUGCCCCAAUCGUGAAGAAUCCGUAGAGGAACUGCUGCACCUAUUGCAGCGAGACGGUGCAGAGACGGUGGUGGUGACCCCAGACGCUUCGCAUGGACUUGUCCGUCAGCCCACCCGUCCCUUCUUUGGGCGGCCUCUCUCGCUACGGUCGUUACUUCGUCACUACUUUGAUCUUGAUGCCGUGGUGACCCAAGAAUUCUUGUGGAUGCUCGCACAUGAAGUGACUGGGGUAGGCGAGGACGCACGCGAUGUGCAGGAGCGCCUCUACGAGCUGGCAAACCCGUCCAACGUGGACGACUACCUUCAGUAUGCGCACCGUGAGAAGCGUAACGUGUGCGAGGUGCUGCAUGACUUCAAGGACCUUCACCCAUCUCUAGAGCUGGUCUUGUCCUUCACAACGCCAAUGCUGCCGCGCUACUUCUCCGUCGCCUCCGCGCCAGCGAUGGACGGCGCAAACCGCUAUGACCUCUGUGUGGGGCUACUGGACUGGCACACGCCACUGAAGCGCCACCGCACGGGGCUCUGCAGCUCCUACCUGGUGAGGGCGACCCCAGGGACACAGCUGACGUGCUCUGUUUGGCAGGGUUCUCUUGCACUUCCGGCUGCACCGACGCCGCUGCUCUGCGUCGCGACGGGGACGGGCGUUGCACCAGUUCGCAGUGUUCUGCGUCAGGUCGCCGGUCUUUCCGCGCAGGGCUGGAAGGACGUGCCGGUGGUGCUCGUCUUUGGAUGCCGCCAUGAAGCCGAGGAUUACCUGUACCGCGAGGAGUGGGUGGCGCUGAAGGAGAUUGGCGCACUGCCCACCCUCUUAGUCAUCCCAGCCUUCUCGCGAGACACCGACAAGAAGGUUUACGUGCAGCACAAACUCGGCCAGCACGCAAGACUGACGUCGUCCUUUCUGCAACCCGAUGGCGCCGGUGUCCCGCCUGGCGUGGUGUAUGUGUGCGGAAAUGCGAAGCAGAUGCCGAAGGAUGUGCAGCACACUCUAGAGCGUAUUGUCGAGGCAACCGUGGCGGAGGUGCAUGGCGAGGCCGGCGCGGCAGCGUACGUUAGGAGACUUGGCCGCGUGGGUCGCUAUCAGGUUGAUUCGUGGUCGGUGUAG